GCACGGAAAAAGACCGUAGGAUUAAAGUAUCCCCCGCCUGCCGUGGCUCACGCAGAGUGUGUGUUUGAGGAUGAUGACGGGCCGCUGCGCCUGACCCAGAACCAAAAGGAGAGCCAUCUCAGAUCACCCUGCAAACACCUCUUGAUCCAGCGCCUGCAGAUCUUCUACAGGCUGUGGACGCUGCCAUUUAAGCUGCUGACGGGAGUGAUCUGUGUGAUCGUCCGCCGACGCAGCGGAUCUUUAGCUCGAGCUUUGCAGAACUCUGCCGAUAAGAGUUUCCUUAUAAAAAUGGAUGCUGAGCUGCUUCACUCUCCUGUGGUUGGUCUGACGGAGGAGGAAGAGGUGGACAUGACUGACUGGAAGGUUCCACUGGCCUUCAUGAAGAAACGCCACACAGAGAAGAUUGAGGGAUCCAAAGCUUUGGCUCAAAGCUGGAGAAUGAAAGACAGGAUGAAAACAGUGAGUGUGGCUCUAGUUUUAUGUCUCAAUGUUGGAGUGGACCCUCCUGAUGUAGUCAAGACAUCACCUUGUGCAAGACUAGAGUGUUGGAUAGACCCUCUGUCCAUGAGUCCACAGAAAGCCCUGGAGACGAUAGGGUCCAAUCUACAGAAACAGUAUGAGAACUGGCAGCCAAGGGCCCGCUAUAAGCAGAGUUUGGACCCUACAGUUGAUGAGGUGAAGAAGUUGUGUACUUCACUGCGGAGAAAUGCCAAAGAGGAACGUGUUCUCUUUCAUUAUAAUGGCCAUGGGGUUCCUCGACCCACUGUCAAUGGAGAGAUCUGGGUCUUCAACAAGAACUACACACAGUACAUCCCUCUCUCCAUCUAUGACUUACAGACGUGGAUGGGAAGUCCCUCCAUCUUCGUGUAUGACUGCUCUAAUGCAGGGAUCAUUGUCAAGUCAUUCAAACAGUUUGCAUUGCAAAGGGAGCAGGAGCUGGAGGUGGCAGCAAUAAACCCUAACCACCCACUGGCUCAGAUGCCCCUGCCUCCCUCCAUGAAGAACUGCAUUCAGCUUGCUGCCUGUGACGCCAAUGAACUCCUGCCCAUGAACCCUGACCUCCCCGCUGACCUUUUCACAUCCUGUCUCACUACACCAAUCAAAAUUGCCCUACGCUGGUUCUGUAUGCAGAAGAGUGCAAAGCUGGUGCCCGGAGUGACCUUGGACCUGAUUGAGAAGAUUCCCGGCAGGCUGAAUGACAGAAGGACACCAUUAGGGGAGCUGAACUGGAUUUUCACAGCUAUCACUGACACAAUUGCAUGGAAUGUCCUGCCGAGAGAUCUCUUUCAGAAAUUGUUUCGUCAAGAUCUUUUGGUGGCCAGUCUAUUUCGAAAUUUCUUAUUGGCUGAGAGAAUAAUGAGGUCAUAUAACUGUACACCAGUUAGCAGCCCCAGGUUGCCACCCACAUACAUGCACGCUAUGUGGCAAGCGUGGGACCUAGCGGUGGACAUUUGCCUCUCCCAGCUUCCCACCAUCAUCGAGGAGGGCACAGCUUUCAGGCAUAGUCCAUUCUUUGCUGAGCAACUGACAGCCUUUCAAGUGUGGCUGACAAUGGGUGUGGAGAACAGAAACCCACCAGAGCAGCUGCCCAUUGUCCUGCAGGUCCUCUUAAGUCAGGUGCACAGACUGAGAGCACUGGAUUUGUUGGGGCGAUUUCUGGACCUGGGCCCUUGGGCCGUCAGUUUGGCUCUUUCAGUGGGGAUUUUUCCAUAUGUGUUGAAACUGUUACAGAGUUCAGCAAGAGAGCUCAGGCCUCUUUUGGUCUUCAUAUGGGCGAAGAUCUUGGCUGUGGAUAGUUCAUGCCAAGCUGAUCUUGUAAAAGACAAUGGACACAAGUACUUCCUGUCGGUGCUGGCUGACCCGUUCAUGCCUGCUGAGCAUCGGACCAUGGCAGUCUUCAUCCUUGCGGUCAUUGUCAACAACUACAACACAGGACAGGAGGCUUGUCUGCAGGGUAACCUGAUUGCGAUCUGUCUGGAGCAGCUGAAUGACCCUCAUCCUCUUCUGAGGCAGUGGGUGGCAAUCUGUUUGGGCCGUAUCUGGCAGAACUUUGAUUCUGCACGCUGGUGUGGAGUUCGAGAUAGUGCUCAUGAGAAGCUCUACAGCCUUCUGUCUGAUCCGAUACCAGAGGUGCGGUGUGCAGCUGUGUUUGCUUUGGGUACAUUUGUUGGGAAUUCUGCAGAGAGAACCGAUCAUUCUACCACCAUUGAUCAUAAUGUGGCCAUGAUGCUAGCACAACUCAUUAAUGAUGGAAGUCCCAUCGUGAGGAAGGCAAGUUUAUUGGAAUUCCAUUUGUACUCCCCCAUGGCUUGUCAGUGCAUUGAUUUCUAUAAAGUGAAGCAUCACCUUCAGUUUUUCCUCCAGCGUUUAGCCCUCGUCACUAGCCCCGCCCUUGCGGCAUAA